UCUUCUAUCUAUCUGCCGUCUUAAUCACUUCACUCAUCAUCGCCUCUCUCACUCUCUGGCUCUCUCUUUUCUCUCGAUCAAUCCAAUUUUUACUUAACGUUUCAUUCUCUGCAGGAUUCGUUUAGUUUACUAUUUCGACUAGGUUUCGUUUCAUUUCUAUUUUUAGAUCUUAUCUAACCCUUAACCAAUCGCUCGUUGUUGUUUCUCUUUUGCGAUUUUUGAAUAAUGGAUACAGGAGGUUCUUCCUACUUGAAGGCAAUGGCUCGAUGCCCAAUUCAGCGAUCCUUUCUCCCUAGAGAUACCUCCAAAGAAAACCUUGACAGAUUCAUUCCGAAUAGAUCAGCCAUGGAUUUUGACUUUGCCUACUGGCAGCUAAUGGAAAGACCACCAAACCUGAACGAUGAUCAGCAGGCAACAAAGAAGGUAAGCUCACCAUCGAGAGAAGCCUAUAAGAAACGUUUGGCUGAAGCCAUGAAUCUCAAUCGAACUCGUAUCCUUUCCUUUAGGAACAGACCUCAAACUCCAACUCCUCCAGUGGCAACUCAAACUCUUCCAGUGGGAAUUUACCAACAGCAGCAGCGUAAGCCGCCUAGACACAUCCCUAAGACUUUCGAGAGAAUGUUGGAUGUUCAUGACUUGGCCGAUGACUUUUAUCUCAACUUACUUGACUGGGGCACUGAUAACGUUUUAGCCAUUGCAUUGUAUCAUACUGUUUAUCUCUGGGAUGCUUCUAAGGGUUCUACUACUGAGCUUGUCACUGUUGAUGAAGAUACGGGACCUGUCACAAGUAUCAACUGGGCAGCAGAUGGUCGUUAUCUUGCUGUUGGGCUUAACAGCUCUCAAGUCCAGAUUUGGGAUUGUGCUGAUUGUCGUAGACUGAGAACGUUGGAGUGUGGUCACGCGUCUAGAGUAGGAUCGUUGGCAUGGAACGAUCUUAUCUUGACAACGGGAGGAAUGGAUGGGAAGAUCAUCAACAACGACGUACGGGUUAGAUCACACGUUGUGAAUACGUACAGGGGUCACACUUUACAAGUUUGUGGGUUGAAGUGGUCAGGAUCUGGACAGCAUUUAGCAAGUGGUGGCAACGACAAUGUGGUUAAUAUAUGGGACCGUUCUACUAGUACUCAGCGGCUGCACAGGCUUGUAGAGCACACAUCUGCAGUUAAAGCUCUUGCUUGGUGCCCUUUCCAAACGAAUUUACUUGCAACUGGUGGCGGUGAAGGAGAUGGGAGUAUAAAGUUCUGGAAUACUAGGACAGGAGCUUGCUUGAACACGGUAGAAACUGGCUCUCAAGUUUCUUCUCUGUUAUGGAGCAACAAGGAAAGAGAGUUGCUUAGCUCACAUGGGUUUACUCAGAACCAGCUUACACUUUGGAAGUACCCAUCUAUGGUGAAAAUGGCUGAGCUCAAUGGUCACACAUCACGUGUUCUAUAUACGGCCCUGAGUCCGAAUGGUUGUACUGUAGCUUCUGCAGCAGCAGACGAGAGACUGAUGUUUUGGAAUGUAUUUGGAGAUCCAGAGAAUGCCAAAAAAGCUGCUCCAAAAUUACCUGAGCCAUUUUCUCAUGUGAACCGUAUUCGCUGAAGUUGUUGUGAAGCCAUUGUCGUCUAAUUGUAUUUUUGCUACACAGAAGUAAUGUUUAUGCACAUUGUAGUAACAUGUUGAGUUAUUGUUUCUACCUGAAACGUUUGUAUAUAUCUCAUUAUAUGGAAAUAUUUUGAUUUUGCAUUGACA